AUGACUAUUCUCCCCAAAAAGAAGCCGCCGCCUCCCGACGCCGACCCCACCAACGAGUCGCCGCCGCCCGGGCCGCUGCCCCCGGCGCCGCGCCGCGGCGGGGGGGUGGGCGUGGGCGGUGGCGGCUCGGGCGUGGGCGGCAGCGACCGCGACCGGGAGUCGGGUGUCGUGGGGGCCCGGCAGCGGGCCUCGCCGCCGCCCCAGGGCCAGCUGCAGGGGCCGCCGGGCGCACUUCACCGCUGGGCGCUGGCCGUGCCGCCGGGCGCCGUGCCGGGUCCCCGGCCCCAGCAGGGCUCUCCGCCGCCGUGCGGGGGCCCGGGCGGGCCCGGCGGCGGGCCCGGCGACGCGCACGGGGCCGCGGCAGCAGGUGUAGGCGCGGCUGGCGUGGUGGUGGGCGUGGGCGGCUCGGUGGGCGUGGGCAACUGCUGCUCCGGGCCCGGCCACAGCAAGCGGCGGCGCCAGGCCCCCGGGGUCGGGCCGGUCGGCGGGGCCAGUCCGGAGCGCGAGGACGUCGGCGCAGGUUACAACAGCGAGGAUGAGUACGAAGCGGCCGCAGCGCGCAUCGAGGCCAUGGACCCUGCCACUGUUGAGCAGCAGGAACACUGGUUUGAAAAGGCCCUGCGAGACAAGAAGGGCUUCAUCAUCAAGCAGAUGAAGGAGGACGGCGCCUGUCUCUUCCGGGCUGUAGCUGACCAGGUGUACGGAGACCAGGACAUGCAUGAGGUUGUACGAAAGCACUGCAUGGACUAUCUGAUGAAGAACGCAGACUACUUCUCCAAUUAUGUCACGGAGGACUUCACCACCUAUAUCAACCGGAAACGGAAAAACAACUGCCAUGGCAACCACAUUGAGAUGCAGGCCAUGGCGGAGAUGUACAACCGGCCUGUGGAGGUGUAUCAGUAUAGCACAGAACCCAUCAACACAUUCCAUGGGAUCCACCAAAAUGAGGACGAACCCAUCCGUGUCAGCUACCACCGGAAUAUCCACUACAAUUCAGUGGUGAAUCCCAACAAGGCCACCAUUGGCGUGGGGCUGGGCCUGCCGUCAUUCAAGCCGGGGUUUGCAGAGCAGUCCCUGAUGAAGAGUGCCAUAAAGACAUCGGAGGAGUCCUGGAUCGAGCAGCAGAUGCUAGAAGACAAGAAGCGAGCCACGGACUGGGAGGCCACGAACGAGGCUAUUGAAGAGCAGGUGGCUCGAGAAUCCUACCUGCAGUGGCUGCGGGAUCAGGAAAAGCAGGCCCGCCAGGUCCGCAGCUCCAGCCAGCAGCCCCGGAAAGCCAGUGCCACAUGCACUUCCGCCACAGCAGCCGCCUCCAGUGGCCUGGAGGAGUGGACUAGCCGGUCCCCGCGGCAGCGGUCACCUGAGCACCCCGAACUGCAUGCCGAGCUGGGCAUGAAGCCCCCUUCCCCAAGCACUGUCUUAGCUCUUGCCAAACCUCCUUCACCCUGUGCACCAGGUACAAGCAGCCAGUUCUCAACAGGGGCCGACCCAGCGACUUCCCCCCUCGUGUCCCUCUACCCUGCUCUGGAGUGCCGGGCCCUCAUUCAGCAGAUGUCCCCCUCUGCCUUCGGUCUGAACGACUGGGAUGACGACGAGAUCCUGGCUUCGGUGCUGGCAGUGUCCCAACAGGAAUACCUAGACAGUAUGAAGAAAAACAAAGUGCACAGAGAUCCGCCGCCGGACAAGAGUUGA